GCCGCAUCUACUGCGAGGAUGAAGACCAUUCUCAGCAAUCAGACUGUGGACAUCCCAGAAAACGUGGACAUCACUCUGAAGGGACGCACAGUUACUGUGAAGGGCCCCAGAGGCACCCUGCGGAGGGACUUUAACCACAUCAAUGCAGAACUCAGUCUCCUUGGAAAGAAAAAGAAGAGGCUCCUGGUUGACAAAUGGUGGGGAAAUAGAAAGGAACUGGCCACGGUUCACACUAUCUGCAGUCAUGCACAGAACAUGAUCAAGGGUGACACAGUGGGCUUCCAUUACAAGAUGAGGUCUGUGUACACUCACUUCCCCAUCAGCAUGGUUAUUCAGGAGAAUGGUUUUCUUGUUGAAUUAAAAAAUGUCUUGGACAAAAAAUACAUCUGCCGAGUUUGGAUGAGAUCAGGCGUUGCCUGUUCAGUAUCUCAAGCCCAGAAAGAUGAGUUGAUUCUUGAAGGAAACGACAUUAAACUUGAAUCAAAUUCAGCUGCUUUGCUUCAGCAAGCCACAACAGUUACAAACAAUAUCAGAAAAUUUUUGGGUGGUAUCUGUGUUACUGAAAAAGGAACAGUUCAGCAGGCUGAUGAAUCAGAUCUAAGUUGUCCAGCUAUAGAAACACCAAGAUGCCGAUUGAUUUGUCACACUUAUUUGCUAUAUUUAAAGAUGCAAUAAAGCCUUGUAUUGAUUUGGGGGGAAAAAGAAAUAAAGUA